UCAUCCUCAUAUGUUUUGAUUUCAAUUAUUUCUUUUUUUUUUCCCCUUUUGAAGCAUUUUCACUUUUACGCUGCACCUCUCCCUCUUCCAUCGAACCGUACUCUGAGUUCUCCAUUGAAGCGGCUUCCGAGCUUUUUCUCCGCCAUUGAAGCGCCUUCGGAGGUAAGCUUCAGCCCCCAUCUGAUUGCUCCUAUGGGCACUGCACAAAACUAUGGCCCUCCUAUGUCUACACAGUAUCGUCCCGCAGUCCCGGGGCAGCAAGGGCAGCCAUAUUUACCGGGGUCUUCGCAACAGUUUCUAGCACCUGGACAGAAUAUGCCUUCUGGUCCAAAUCAACCCAUGCAGUUUUCUCAACCCAUGCAGUACUCUCAACCAAUGCAGCAGUUACCACAUAGACCUGGAAUGCCUGGUGGUCCUAUGUCGUCACAAGGUAUGAAUAUGCCAUAUGGUCAACCAAACAGGCCUAUGAAUUUGGGUGCGCAGCAGAAUCAGCAUUCUGCACCGCCUUUUGGCAAUCAUGCCUCUGGUGUAGGUGGCAUGGGAGCUCCUUUUUCGUCGUCAUAUACAUUUCAACCAGUAUCCCAUUUGUCAGCACCUGCAGCACCAGCACCAGUUGGCAGUCAACCAUGGUUAUCAUCUGGAAGUCAAAGCUCUGUGCCUUUUGUACCGGUUCCACAAACCGCAGACCAGUCUUCAGUUUCUGCUCCUGCUGUUCCUGCUGUCAACCCUUCGGAUACAAGUCAACAGUCUUCUUCCGAUUGGCAAGAGCACAACACUUCUGAUGGAAGAAGGUAUUAUUAUAACAAGAAAACUAAGCAGUCUAGCUGGGAGAAGCCAUUAGAGUUGAUGACUCCAACAGAGAGAGCUGAUGCGUCAACUGUGUGGAAGGAGUUCACUACACCAGAAGGGAAGAAGUAUUACUAUAACAAGGUUACAAAGGAAUCAAAAUGGACUAUACCAGAAGAUUUGAAGUUGGCUCGUGAGCAAGCUGAAAAAGAAUUUAGUCAGGGAGAUGCUGGGCUGAUAUCUCAACCCGCGGCAACUGUAAGUCUGACUUCUGAGGAAGCAUCUCCAGCUGCCCCAGUUUUGGCCAGCUCCAAUGGCUUAUUAUCUGCUUCUGGUGUAAGUUCGAAUCCAUUAAGUUUUCCACCAGCUGUCAACCCAUUACCUGUAGUUAAUGUUGCGUCAUCAGAACCCUCCGUGGAGCAUUCCAUUGCUCCGACCAGCUUGGCAGUAACAAAUCCUCCUGCAGUGACUCCUCUAUCUGCUUCUAUUUCUGGAGAUGCUGUUCUUCCUGCUGCCUUAAAUGCAUCAUCUGUAACAGUGAGUGCUUCAGACAGAGUAUCAUCUCAGGAAAUUUCAACCUCGACAGAUGGAGGUUCUGUGCAUGAUCUUCAGGAAGCACGGAAAGGGAUGGCAGCUGCAGGCAAAGUUGAUUUGAGUGAGAAACCAACAAAUGAUGAGCCAUUGGUUUUUGCCAACAAGCAGGAAGCAAAAAAUGCAUUUAAGUCGCUUCUUGAGUCUGCAAAUGUUCAGUCUGACUGGUCCUGGGAUCAGGCUAUGAGGGUGAUAGUCAAUGACAAGAGGUAUGGUGCUUUGAAGACAUUAGGAGAGCGGAAGCAAGCUUUUAACGAGUAUCUGGGACAGCGGAAGAAACAGGAGGCUGAGGAGCGACGCUUGAGGCAAAAGAAAGCAAAGGAAGAGUUUACAAAAAUGUUGGAAGAGUCAGAGGUACUGACAUCAUCUAUGAAAUGGAGUAAAGCUAUUACCAUGUUUGAAGACGAUGAACGUUUCAAAGCUGUUGAAAAGCCCAAAGAUCGGCAGGAACUUUUUGAAAAUUAUUUGGUGGAACUCCAAAAAAAAGAAAAGGAGAAGGCUGAUGAAGAGUAUAGGCGGAAUAGAGAAGACUACUGGAAGUAUCUGGAAUCUUGUGACUUUAUUGAGGCAAACAGUCUAUGGAGAAAAGUUCAGGACCGUUUGGAGGAUGACGAGAGAUGUUCACGCCUUGAAAAGAUUGACCGCUUAGAAAUAUUCCAGGAUUACAUUCGUUACUUGGAGAAGGAAGAAGAGGAGCAGAAGAAGCUUCAGAAGGAACAACUGAGGAGAACAGAACGAAAAAAUCGUGAUGAAUUUCGCAAGAUGUUGGAGGAUGAUGUUGCGGCUGGUGUUCUCACUGCAAAAUCAAUCUGGCGCGAUUAUUGUGCUAAAGUCAAAGAAUCUCCUGCUUAUCUUGCUGUGGCACGUAACAUAUCAGGGUCAACUCCAAAAGAUUUGUUUGAGGACGUGGUUGAUGAGCUGGAGAACCAGUAUCAUGACGACAAAAGUAGAAUAAAAGAUGCUAUGAAGUUGAGCAAGAUUACUAUGACUUCGACAUGGACCUUUGAGGAAUUUAAGUCAUCUAUUUCUCCAGAGCUUGGGUCUCCACUGAUUUCAGAUAUCAAUUUGAAGCUGGUUUUUGAAGAGCAGCUUGAGAGGAUAAAGGAAAAGGAAGAGAAAGAAGCUAAGAAGCGCCAGCGUCUUCUAGAUGACUUUACUGAUUUAUUGCGUUCUCUUAAGGAAGUAACUGUAUCUUCUACUUGGGAAGAUUCUAGACAACUCUUUGAAGAAAGUGAAGAGUACAGGGAAAUUGGGAAUGAAACAUUGGUGAAGGAGACCUUUGAGGACUAUAUUGCUUACCUGCAAGAGAAGGCAAGAGAGAAAGAACGAAAGCGUGAGGAAGAAAAGGUGAAAAAGGAGAAAGAAAGAGAGGAAAAGGAGAAAAGGAAAGAGAAGGAGAAGAAGGAUAAAGAUAAAGAUCGUGACAGAGAAAAGCGAAAAGAGCGUUCUAAGAAAGAGGAGUCAGAUGAUGAAGCUGUGGAUGCAACUGAUAGCUAUAGCAAUAAGGAUGAGAAUAGGAAAGAGAAGGAUAAAGACAGAGAGAGGAAGCAUAGAAAACGGCACCAUGAUACUACUGAUGAUGUAAGUUCUGACAGAGAAGACGACAGGGAGAAACGUCACCGAAAGCGGCACCAUGAUACCACUGAUGAUGUCAGUUCUGACAGAGAUGAUAAAGAGGAGCACAAAAAAUCCCGCCGACAUGGCAGUGAUCGAAAAAAAUCUCGAAAGCAUGAACACUCACCUGAUUCAGAUGGUGAAAGUAGACAGAAAAAGCACAAGAGGGAUCAUCGGGAAGGUUCUCGGAAAAAUGGUGCCCAUGAUGAUCUCGAAGACGGUGAACUUGGUGAAGAUGGGGAAAUCUCGUAGUCUUUAUAGAGUAAUCUAUGGCUUCAUCCCGCACUUUUGUGUUGGUAGAAAAGUUUUGAUCUUUUCUCGUAGUUGUUCUAUGAUAACCUUGUUCAACAAUAAUUGUUUAUUUUCUACUUCUGAGCCACACUAUUUUGUGUUGCUGUAUAAGUUGCAUCGCGUUUCUUGAGACUGCUUACUAUGCAUGCAUAUGUUUAGAAUUUAGAUUAUUAAGUGAAAGGGUAGUAUGUAAUUCAGUAUUCAAUUUUUGACAAAAGCUUCAUAAACAUUGAUUUUUUUUUUUUAAGUCAAAGAUAGAAGGAAACUACAAGAAUAAAGAAACGGAUUCACUUUUGCUA